AUGAAGCUCGUACAAGAUGGUAUGUUAAAGGAUAUUUAUCCGCAGUUAUCAUUAGCUGCAGAAAUCUUUCUAGUCGCACCUAUCAGUACGGCUACAGUCAAAAUGAAUUUCUCAACAAUGAAUCGAAUUCUUACAAAAUUAAGAAAUCAAUUAACUAUACAACAUGUUGAUCAAUUAAUGAGAAUUUCCAUUGAAGGUGAAGAUACUUUAAAUGAAGAAAUCAAAGAAGAAAUAAUCAAUUACUGGAAAAAACUAAAACCACGUCGAUUAGCUGUUUGA